CUGGAAUUAGGAUGGCCAGUGGUCCUGGAAGUGAUGCUGCUUCUGCCAGUCAGAAACCGAUGCCUUCAGAGAGUCCUCGAACAAAGAAACAUACAUUAACUGAAGAGAAGUUAUUUUAUAUGAAUUGCCGAGCUGCCUACCUCACUGUCUUCAAAAGCAGCUUAGAAAACAUUGUUUCUAAAGAGCAACUAUACUUAGCUCUUCAACAUGCAGGAAGAAAUCCAUCGCAAAAGACCAUUAAUAAAUAUUGGACGCCUCAAACAGCCAAACUGAAUUUUGAUGAUUUUUGCAUGAUUUUAAGGAAGGAAAAACCCACUUCAAAAGCAGAACUGUUAAAAUCAUUUAGGCAAUUAGAUAUAAAUGAUGAUGGCUAUAUUUUACACAAUGACCUUUAUAAAUUUCUAACAAAGAGAGGGGAAAAGAUGACCCGAGAAGAAGUAAAUGCCGUAAUUAAUUUGGCAGAUGUAAAUGCUGAUGGAAAGUUUGACUACAUUAAGUUUUGUAAAUUAUAUAUGACAACCAAUGAGCAAUGUCUCAAGACUACGCUGGAGAAACUGGAGGUUAAUAGUAAACUGAGGCGUCAACAGUUUGGAAGCCAUAUCGAAGGAUCUCCUGAAAGAGACGCAUCACCACUACCAAAGCCUUCACCUAGAAUCUUAAGAAAAACAGAUCCAGAGUCAUUCUCAAACAAAGGUGGUCCUAGGAAUCCUUUGCUGUCAAGCACCAGAAAGUUCAAAACGUCUGUUUCUCUCACAGUUACCAUGAGUGCUAAUAGUCACCAAAACCCAAAGUUAACUGAGCCAAAUUUAAUAAAGGAGUGGCAAUGUGUACAGUCAAAGGGUUGCUUUUUCUUAGAGGAAGAUGGUAAAAUCAUUAGUCAUCAAUACAAGAUGCACCUAGCUGAGAAGUCCAUGGUUUAUCUAACAAUUAAGCCAUUAAACCUGAGUCAGGUUGAAGGAAAGUCAUCUCCUUGGUUAUCUGUUGAUACAACUUUAUAUAUUUUGAUGGAACAUGAGAAUCCAACAAAUCUACAGCCCAUGUAUUUUACUGAGCUACGAAAUAGAGAGGUGUUUGGAUGGACUGGUGAGCUGGGACCUGGGAUUUACUGGUUAAUUCCUUCCACAACGGGCUGUAAGCUAAAGAAAGAAACAAAACCGGUAGCAGAAGAAGCUCUGCUUGUUAGUAGAGAUGAAACAGGGGAAUUAUUUCUUACGAAGGAAUUUAGGUCAGCUUUAUCAGAUAUAUUUGAAGUGAUUGAUUUGGAUGGAAAUGGUCUACUUAGCCUGGAGGAAUAUAAUUUUUUUGAAUUAAGAGCAAGUGGUGAGAAAUGUGAUGAAGAUGCUUGGGCUGUUUGUAGAGAGAAUUUUGAAACAAAGAAGAAUGAACUAACCAGACAAGGAUUUAUGGAGUUGAAUCUGAUGGAAGCCAAUGACCGAGGAGGUGAUCCCCAGGACCUGUGGGUGAUCCUACACUCGAUGGGCUACAAUAGAGCCCUGAAGCUGACGGAGGCUUGCCCAUUUGUUAUUGAGAUCCAUGCAGAAAAGUGCAAGCCAAGAAUUAAAGCUGUCCGUAUGGAGACAUGUAGUGGGCAGCUUGAGCAGAUCAUAUGUAAAUUUGUUCUUAACAAGGGUGAUGCCAAAUUAAUGGAUGGCUAUGAAAACAUAAUUGUAUAUACUUAUAAUAAUGACAGCUGGAUAACAUCAGUGAUUGAAAAUAAGUCAGACAAUAAGCUGAACAUUCAUGUCAACAACGAGUUAAGUAAAAAUUGUGUGAACAGCAGAGGACUCAACACGUAUGUGGUGGAGGUGGCACCAAGGUCUACAACGGUUUGUCAGCAUGCAAUGCCUCUGAAUGAACGACAAGAAUGGAUCUAUCAUUGUGUAUAUUCCCUGAUAUCUUAAAUGCUUCCACCUGGAACUGGCAAACUAAGAAUUUCUUCAUAUUCAGUCUGUUAUUUGUUGGUCAAGUAAUGCUGAUCAAUUUAACUGACAUAUAUAUAAGUUUGUAGGUUUAUGCAUUUUAUACUUCAUGUUCAUGUUAGAUACUUUUAACAUUAAAAUAUGUUUUUAAUCUCUGGCCUUACUAGUGGGAAAUCUUACAUAUUUUUGUUUAGAUAAGUCAAAACAAAA